UAGAAGUUAACUAGUUGGCGGGCAGUAAAGACAUUCUAGGCUUUGGUCGCAGCCGCAGACAAAGCUUCACACCCCAAGGCUGCAGACGGCUACCUUGGAUUUUGCCCGUCUGACCUUAGGCCGCAACUAGCCAUGCAGGUCGCUCGUGCUUUCACUGCUGUGCGGCCGGCCCGCUCGACCCUUACGCCGACUCCACAGCGCGUGGCUGUGGUUGUCCAGGCGAAGCCAACCAAGCUCUCUGACUUCAGCGGCUUGUCCAACCAGGAGCUUGUGGAGCAGGCUAGCCUUUUGAAGCGUGAGCUGGCCAGCGUUAAGUGGGUGCAGCGCUCUCAAGGCUUGACGGAAUUGAAGGCUGGCGAGGCCAUGCCACAGCGCGACCCUGCAAAGAUUCCCAAGGCUCAUGUCAACAAGCACCUCCGUCGUCAGAUUGCUCAGUGCCUGACUUUGUUGCGCCAGCGUCAGAUUGCGGACGGCAUUACCGACCGCAGGGAGGCUCGGCGCAUUGAGAAGCGCGCUGCCCUGGCACAGGGGACGCUGCAGAAAAGCGCGGCGCCGAAAUAGAUGGUUCAGAGUCGAAUGGAUGGAUUUGCAGUCUAGUUUGUGCAUGGACAGGGUGUAGUUAGCCAUGCGUUGCCGCGACUUUUCACGCGUUUCAAGCGAAGCGCUGCGUAUCACAGCAGUUUUUGGAUUCUAUGCUGUGAGAGGCAUCAGUGGUGCUUCAGCGGUUGAUACGGUUUUGCGAGGUUGGCGUGGGGGCCGCGAGCUGUGUAUGUGCUCACCGAGGCGCGGCGUGUCUGGAGGUGCUCGCCGUGUAAAGUUAACAUCUGAUUGA